AUGGCUAGAAAAAAGUCUGCUACCAAGAAAGCCAGAGAGGCUGCUCGCCAACUUAAUAAGGUUGAUGAACAAGAGAAAUCAGUCAAUACUAUCAAAACAAAAGGUUCUUCUUCUAAAAAGCAAUUGAAAAGCAAAUCUAAGCCAGUUCCAGAAGUUGAUUCCUCGGAAGAAUCAGGGGAAUCGUCUUCCUCCGAAGAAGAAGAUGAUUUAGGUGAUUUAGUCACUGAAGAUGUCGAACAAGGUAUCAACGAAGUUUUAAAUGCUAUUAGAAACAAUGAUACCGAUAAAUUGUUAAAUCCUGAAGUCAAAUUUUUUGGAAAUCCUGAAGAAGCAGUUAUCAAUACUACAACCACAAAAACUGAUAAACCAAUUUAUUUAAAGGAUUAUCAUAGAAUGAACUUACUGUCAGGUCAUGUUGGAAGCGAUGAAGAAGAAGAGGAAGAUGAGAUGGCUACCGGUGAAGGUAAGGAUUUGAAGACGAUCGACGGUAAACCAUCAUUUGUUGCUAUGCAAAGAGAUGAAAGAAACCAACUGUUGACCGAAAUUAAUGAUGCAUUUGGGACUACUAAGUCUGAGGAUAGUGAUAAUGAUAAUGAUGAUGACGAUAAUGAUGAUGAUGACGAUGAUGAUGGAUUCUUGAAAAAGAAAGAAAACAAAACUCCCACCAAUGACCAUGAAGACAUUAAUAUCGCUCUACCAGAUCCAGCUAAUGAAGAUGAAUUUUUGAAUGAAUUUAUGGGUCAACAAGCAUGGUUGCCUAAGAAAGGUGAUAAAGUCAUUAAUCUUGAUUUAAACAACGAAGAUGAUGAUGAAUUUGAUAAGGCUGCUGAAAAUUUUGAAAACGCUUAUAAUUUCCGUUAUGAAGAUCCAAAUUCUGCAGAAAUUGUAUCGUAUGCACGUAACCAAGCAACUUUAAGAAGAUCUGCUACUAAUUCUCGUAGAAGAAAGAGAGAAGAUGACAGACAAGAGAAAGAAACUGAAAAACAAGAAAAAGAGACUGCUGUUCAAAAGAAGAAGACUAAGAAAGCUAAUAAAUUAACCGAUGUAUUAAAUCAGUUGAAAAAAGAAUUUGGUGCUGAAAUAGAUGAAACACUUGUCAAGAAAAUUAGUAAGACCCUUUUGACUAGUGAUUAUUCUGAAAAUGAUUGGGAUAACGUCGUCACAGAAUUAUUUAACGAAGAAUUCUAUAACGAUAAAGAAAAACCUGAAUGGGAUGACGAUUUAAUGCAUGAAGAUGUCUAUGAUGGAGAAGAGAAUGAUAAUGAAGAUAUAGACGUAAAUGAGACAGAAGACGCUAAAGAAGAAGGAAAUGACGAAGAUGAGACACCAAAGAAAAAUAAGAAAAGUAAAAAAGAAUUAAAACAAAAGGGAAAGACUGAAAAGAAGAAGCUAGAUGAGAUGGUAGAAAAAGCCAUUGAACAAAAUAAAUUAGCUAUUGUUGAAGAGGUUGAAAAGGAACAAGAGGAAAGAGGUAGAUCUAAAAAUGUAGAAGAUGAUGUGAAAUUUCGUUAUCGUGAAGUAUCACCAGAGAGUUUUGGUUUAACGCACAGAGAGAUAUUUGCUGCAGAUGAUGCUGAUCUAAACGAUUUUAUCAGUUUGAAGAAAUUUGCACCAUAUAGAGCCAAAGAAUUAAUUGCCAAAGAUAGAAGAAAAGUCACAAAGUCCAAGAGAUUAAGAGACUGGAGAAAAAAAGUAUUCAAUAACGAAGCAGGAAUACAAUUAAGAGAAGAUGGUGAAGCUAAUGAAGAUAUCCCAGUAUAUACAGAUAAACCAAAGCAUAACAAGAAAAGAUCACACGAUGAUCAUCAUUCUCACCAUAGGAAAGAUAAGAAACAUAAAAGUCAUAAGAAAUAG